UAGCUGUGGGCAGGGAGCCCGGCUCAGCCGCCAGCACUAAAGAUGGAGAGGCGCCGGGGCCUCGCAGGGGAGGGGGCUCGGCGUUGACGUGAGACGCGGCGGAGGCACCGAAGCCGGUGGUGAUUUGCUAACCUCGCAGCAGAGAGGAGUUGAGGGCGAUGAGAGCGGGUACUGCGAACUGCCGGGCGAUGCCGCCGCUGCAGCCGUGAUACCGAGAGCAACAGUUCUCCAGCAACACCCCUCCCCGACACUGGCACACCCCCUCUCCCCCCAGAGGCACGCACACCCACCCCACAGCGCCUGGCUAGGCAGCGCCUUCUGCAUUGGCCCAGGAAACCCACCCUGCCCCACCACGCAGAGCCAGGAAGGAAAGAGAGCCUCAUGCCUAAGCCGCGGGGAGCACCAUGGAUCUGACAAACAUGGGCAUGAUCCAGUUGCAGAACCCCAGCCACCCCACGGGGCUCCUGUGCAAGGCCAACCAGAUGCGGCUGGCCGGGACGCUGUGUGAUGUGGUCAUCAUGGUGGACAGCCAGGAGUUCCAUGCCCACCGGACUGUGCUGGCCUGCACCAGCAAGAUGUUUGAGAUCCUCUUCCACCGCAACAGCCAGCACUAUACUCUGGACUUCCUCUCCCCAAAGACUUUCCAACAGAUUCUGGAGUACGCAUACACGGCCACACUGCAAGCCAAGGCGGAGGACCUGGAUGACCUGCUGUAUGCGGCCGAGAUCUUGGAGAUCGAGUACUUGGAGGAGCAGUGCCUGAAGAUCCUGGAGACUAUCCAGGCCACAGAUGACAAUGACACAGAGGCCACCAUGGCAGAUGGUGGGGCAGAGGAAGAAGAGGACCGCAAGGCUCGGUACCUCAAGAACAUCUUCAUCUCGAAGCAUUCCAGUGAGGAGAGUGGCUAUGCCAGUGUGGCUGCACACAGCCUCCCUGGGCCCAUGGCGGACCAGAGCCCGUCAGUCUCCACCUCAUUUGGUCUUUCAGCCAUGAGUCCCACCAAGGCUGCAGUGGACAGUCUGAUGACCAUAGGACAGUCUCUCCUGCAGGGAACUCUUCAGUCGCCUGUGGGGCCCGAAGAGCCGACUCUGACUGGGGGUGGGCGGCACCCUGGUGUGGCUGAGGUGAAGACAGAGAUGAUGCAGGUGGAUGAGGUGCCCAGCCAGGAUAGCCCUGGGACAGCUGAGUCUAGCAUUUCAGGUGGGAUGGGGGACAAGGUUGAGGAAAGGGGCAAAGAGGGGCCUGGGACCCCGACUCGGAGCAGCGUUAUCACCAGUGCUAGGGAGCUGCACUAUGGGCGUGAGGAGAGUGCUGAGCAUCUGCCACCCCCAGCUGAGGCUGGUCAGGGUCCCCCGGGCCGGCUGGAACACCCGGCGCCCACAGCUGAGAAACAUCUGGGCAUCUACUCUGUGCUGCCCAACCAUAAGGCUGACUCUGUGUUGAACAUGCCGUCUUCAGUGUCCUCUGGCCUCCACAUGCAGCCUGCUCUGGCUGUCUCCAUGGACUUCAGCACCUAUGGGGGUCUGCUGCCACAGGGCUUCAUCCAGAGGGAGCUGUUCAACAAGUUGGGUGAGCUGGCUGUGGGCAUGAAGUCGGAGAGCCGGACCAUCGGGGAGCAGUGCAGUGUGUGUGGGGUGGAGCUUCCUGACAACGAGGCUGUGGAGCAACACAGGAAGCUGCACAGUGGAAUGAAGACAUAUGGGUGUGAGCUCUGCGGAAAGCGGUUCCUGGAUAGUUUGCGACUAAGGAUGCACUUACUGGCUCAUUCAGCGGGUGCCAAAGCCUUUGUCUGUGACCAGUGCGGUGCCCAGUUUUCGAAGGAGGACGCCCUGGAGACGCACAGGCAGACCCACACUGGCACAGACAUGGCUGUCUUCUGUCUGCUGUGCGGGAAGCGUUUCCAGGCGCAGAGUGCGCUCCAGCAGCACAUGGAGGUCCACGCGGGUGUGCGAAGCUAUAUCUGCAGCGAGUGCAACCGCACCUUCCCCAGCCACACUGCCCUCAAGCGCCACCUGCGCUCACACACAGGCGACCACCCAUAUGAGUGUGAGUUCUGUGGCAGCUGCUUCCGGGAUGAGAGCACACUCAAGAGCCACAAACGCAUUCACACGGGCGAGAAACCCUACGAAUGCAAUGGCUGUGGCAAGAAGUUCAGCCUGAAGCACCAGCUGGAGACACACUAUAGGGUGCAUACAGGCGAGAAGCCCUUUGAGUGUAAGCUGUGCCACCAGCGGUCCCGGGACUACUCGGCCAUGAUCAAGCACCUGAGGACGCACAACGGCGCCUCACCCUACCAGUGCACCAUCUGCACAGAGUACUGCCCCAGCCUCUCCUCCAUGCAGAAGCACAUGAAAGGCCACAAGCCUGAGGAGAUCCCACCUGACUGGAGGAUAGAGAAGACUUACCUCUACCUGUGCUACGUGUGAAGCCAGGCCAGGCGGGGGCAGAGAAGUGGGAGUGAGAAGAGAAGAGUUAGAGCAGGAUGAAGUCAAGGAAGGAUUGUGCACAAAAACAAAACAAAUAAAAAAACAACAAAAAAACACAUACAUACAUAUGGAUAAGAGAAAAAGAAGAAAAAGGAAACCUGAUAGGUGUCUAGCCUUGGAUUCUCUGGGGCUCCAGGUGACUUGGAAACCUGGCCACAGCCCCUUUCAGGGGCCUCCAUCCUCCUCUUCUGGCUGGGGGGUGACCUGGUUUUUUUGAAUGGGGUGGAGGUGGUUUUGUUCAGCUCAGACGGUGGUAUGUGUCUCUCUUCCCCCUACCCAGACCCUCUUUUUACAUCCAGAAAUGGAGGCUAGGGAGAAGGUGAAGGGCGUUCUGGUCAGAGCCAGACAGUUUCUGUCUGCCAUCCUCUGACUCUCAGAAGGAGGCUGGGGGUGGAAGCAGGGACCUGCAGAGGGCGGGGCCAGGCAGACACUCAGAGUGGCAGCCCUCAUGGGCUGGGGGUGCAUUGGAGUGGGAAGGGCUCUUCCCUUCCCAUCACUCUGUUCACCUAUUGUGUUCCUCUGCUCUUCCCCAUCUGCAUGUCCCCUCAAGGUCUUCAGGAGCCUCACGGUUCCAGCCCCUCCCCCAGCUCUUUGUCCCUGUCUCCCCUUGACCCCUGUCCUCCAAGUCCAGGGAGUGCCCAGCCCCCAUGGAUGAGGCAGGGCCUCCCUCCUCCUCCAGCUCCAUAGUCAGGAAGCUGUGUCUGACCCCAGAGUCCCACUCCCACCCUUAGCUUCUGAGAACACAGAACAGAUAGAAUAGCCCACCCUUGGAAAGCCCUGUCCUGAGCGAGAUUUCCUGCCAAGAUGCUUUUGCUUUCCACAUGGAAAAACCUAACUAAAUAUAUGCGGUCCCACCACACAGACAGACACGAAUCCCCAGCACCCUGAGCUCAGUCCCUAGGAGGAGGAAUCCAUGAAAGGGUUCGUUGUCCAAGUGGAGGACAGGGAUGUCCUUCUCCAGAAGUGCCCUCCACCUGGAGAAGGGAACACCUGCCCAGGAGUCAGGGUCAAGGUACCGGCCAAGGGAGGGCUCUGCAGAGUCAUUCUGGGGUCCCUUAGAACCACCCAGACCUGGUGAGCACAGUGGAAAACCCAGGUGGACAAGGUGGCCCAGAAUUCCUGGCUCAUAGUGCACUCCCCCCACUUCCACAGGGAGGAAGAAGAGGAAGAGUUGUUGAAAGCGCUUUGGCCUUGUGUUCUUUUCUGUGUCCUCAGUUCCCCUGUUAGCACAUUGUACUUGAAUUACCUCAGUUUUUUGUGACCUCAUGAGCUUUUGUAACCCCUUUAUCCCUUUUUUGGUUAGGGGUUGGAGGGAUGGGGAGGGUGUUCUUUUCUGUUACUUGUGUAAAUUAAUAGUUGGUUUAAUACCCAUCAGCUGGCCAAGGCCCCCCAUGCCGGAGCACUGGAAGGAGCUGUACUCAAGGAAGGACCGAGGACCGAGUGCUCCGGAUGUGCAUGUGGGGCUGGGUCACAAAAGCAGCGGUUGGGGGAGGGGUGGUGUACCAGGGGUCUCUGGAGUCCCUGUUGGCUCUGCCCAGGCAUGAACUCCUCGUGCCCAGCAUCAGUUCAGCCUGCGACACUCUGGACAAGACCCCCUUUCUGACAAUUUGCUGGGUCAUUCAGGUCUGGGGGCCUGUGUUGCUCACAUCCUUGUGCUUAUGUGGCCCUGCCUCUGUGUGCAUUAUCAUUACCAAAAUUAGUCUGUUUUCCUGGCUGCUGCGUGCUGUGCCAGUCUUGGUUUUGUUGCGUUGGGGUCGGGGUGUUGUUUUUCUGAAAGCUACCUCUUACGUUUGUCCAGUUCUUUUGUCCCCUUUCUGCCUCUGGCUCUGCUGCUCUGCUCCCCUUCUCCCCAGUCUCCCCACCCUGAUUUUGGGAAAGCACAUUUGCAAUAUUUGUGUUCACUGUGGGAGGGGCCCUCAUUUCAUCUCAUGCUUUAUUUGUAAAAGUUUUUUUUUUUUCUUUCCUUUCUCUCUCUGAGAAAGUUGUGGCUGCGUUAUCUUAGGUUUUAAGAAAGUGGUUUAGGGAAGUGGUUUGGGGAGAAGGGUUGUGAGGAACAUAGGGAAGUCGGAGGGACGGGUGCUGCUGUGACCACCCCCCUCCCCCGUCCCUCAGCACCACCCGUCCUGCCUCCCCUGCAAUCUUGCCCACCAAAUCUGAAGGCCUUAAACAUUGUGUUGGGGGUGUAUUAACUGGGGGGGAACUGUGUCACUAGACUGUUGAUUGGGGAUGAUAAAGUAGGGAGGAUGCUAUUUUGCGAUUGUAAUAAUGACUUAGUGCUUUGGAAAGAAAAAACAGUUAAACUUGAAAUAUUGUGACUAGAGCAGUUGUUGUGUCUAUAAUGUGAAAAGAGUGAAAUCUUUGGGGGAGGAGCCAUCUGUAAGAAAUCAUUAUGCACUAUUGCUUCCUCCCCCAACCUGGGAAGAAAGGAGGACUGCCUGGCCCUCAGGGGAUCUGUAAAUCCCAGAAAACAGUACUUUAACAGCAAGAUGUCAUUCAGCUUUGGUGGGGAAGGGGAAAAAAUCAAACUAUUCCAUAGACCUAGCUGACACCUCGCCCUGUUCCCCGACCCUUUCCCAUGCAGGCUGGGUCUCCUCCCCUGUUCAUAAAAGCUGAGAGGGUUGAGCUAAUCUAAAAAUUGUACUAUUUUUGUAACGUUUGUUAGUUCCUGUGUCAGUUCUGCAGGACCUUGCCCUUUCCUUUUGUAAUGUGAAUAGGAAAAAAAAAAAAAAGACAAAAAAAUCCCUACCACCACCACCAAAAAGAUAUCCCUUUGUGUGUAUGUGUGCGUGUGUGCUAUUUGUGCGAGGUCGUGUGUUGAAUCACGCAGUAUUGUUGUAGUCGGCUGUUGCAGCAUUGGAUGGUACUAAGUCAGCGCCUGUCUGUCCCCACUGUCCCUGAGGAAACCCUGACAGGGAGGCAGGAGAGAGGGGCAGGACGCACGGUUUCUGGAGGACACUGGGUGGGAGACUUCUCUGUCUGUGUUUGCUUCAUUCCCCCCAGCGCCCCCAUGAAGACUCGGACACCCCAGACAGAGUCCGACAUGCCUCUUUUUUAGCUUCCCAUUCACAAAUGCAAUUCCCACCUUGCCAAGGCUUUCUUGGCCAGCCUAAUGGCCAAGGUGAGAGUCGAAAGUUAUCUGGAGGCUUUAGAUGUAUCCGGAUAAAGGGGGCUGAGGAGGCUAGGAGGGUAGAGGCUUCUCCCCCCGAAAGUGAGAUCUGAGUGGUUUUACUCCCCUCUUCUUUCUGCCAACUGCUGACAACCCUACUCACUGCUGCCUUAUCCAGCAUCUAAAAAUGUCUCCAGUCCAUGUCUCUUGAUGCUUUUGGUGACAUUUACCCCUUACUAAUGUGCUUUUCCCCUCUUCACUCCUUCACUCAUUCAAAGCAUUAAAAUCCUAUGUGUGUAUAUAGGAUAGACAGAUAUAUAUAUAUAUACAUAUAUAUAUAGUGAGAUAUAUAUAUAUAUAUAGCAAGAGAGAGAUAUAAGAUAGUAAGUAUCAGUGCUGCUUUGGAGGAGGCCACAGAUAUGAGGAAGGGGUGCAGGGGUGGGUAGGGGAGGCUGGGAGACCCCGUGAUUCAGUACAAUCCAGGGAUACAAUGUGGGCUUGUUUAAUCUUUGUGCCUGAACAGUUUUCCAUGUUUAGGGGGAAAAAA